AUGCGAAAAGUUUGGCGGUUGGUGAAGAGUGUGAAGUUUCGUGAUUUGAAUGCUGAAUUUACACUGGUUGAAUUUGAAGAUAGUCGAGACAGAGCCAAAGUUGUACGUGAAGGUCCUUGGAGUUUUGAUAAACAUUUGGUGUUAUUGAAGGAGUUCGAUAGUCUAAUACAAAUCAGUAAACUUGAACUGGUAAAGGCUCCUUUUUGGGUCCGUAUUCAUGAUCUACCACUGAUUGCUCGGAAUGAAUAUAUUGGGAAAUUGGUUGGCAGUGCGUUGGGGGAAGUUCUGGAGGUUGAUCUGGAUAAGGGGGAAAUGGAAUUGGAGGAGUACAUGCGAGUCCGAGUAAUGUUGGAUAUCUCCAAACCUUUUUUGCGUUGGAAGCGUUUGAAUGUGGGGAAGGGAGCUUCAUGCUGGGUGAACUUUUCCUAUGAAAGAUUACCCGAUUUAUGUUUUUUUUGUGGAGUGCUGGGACACACGCUGAAGGACUGUGAGUUUACGGACCCUGAAAAGUUGGAUCCGACCAAGCUUCCCUAUGGGCAAUGGUUGAGAGCCAGCUUCUUGAGUACUUGA